AUGGAUGAUCCUCUUUUCGGCGAAGACCUGCCACUUCCACCGGCCCGGCUGUUUGAACGGUUAGGUCAGUUGCCUGGCUAUACCUGGGACCAGGCGACUGAGCCCUUUCAUUCAACGUACAACCACUGGCAUAUUUCAGGAUUUCGCCAUACCCUAGAAUCCGACCUUUCGACCCCUAUAGCCAACUCCUCGGGGCCUGCCUCCUCCGGACCGUCGAGCUUCACGCGUUUCUCCCCUCGCACAGAAGCCCGGCCUUCUGCUCGAGCGUUGCGGAGACCAAGCGCUAGCGAAACAAGCAGUGACAUUUCACUCUCCCGGGGUGAACAUGAACAAAUAUGGAUCCCCGUUUUCGCACGAAUUUCUACCAACAUCGUCCGACUUGAACGCGAAUUUCACAUGCUCAGGUCGAUUGUGCAAUCGUCUGAUCCGGAUUGCAACCACACAAUAAGACCGAUCGACUUGGUCAGACUGCAAGCAGACUCUGGUGAUUCAAAGACACUCCUUGUUGCGAUAUUUGAGUCUCCAGGUCAUGACAGGCUGCGGGACCUAGUCACUUUUGGCCCUGCCUCCUUUGUGGCCGGGUCCAGAGGUGAGGGGAACAAUGCCACCCCCAAUGAGCAAAUUUCUUUGCAAGCAUUCUUUGACUUCGCAAUCGGCGCUUGCGAUUGCUUGGAAGUCUUGCAUUAUGGCUUGAAGACAGUUCACGGUGAAAUUCGUGGAGAUGCGUUCCACUUCUGUGCCGACACCGGAGCAGUCAAGCUUUCAAACACAGGCAACGGUGCAAGGGCAUUUGAUAAUGUUCUCAGCGAGGGAUGGUCUUCCGUAUCGCGCGAGCUUGGGGCCAAAUACAAGCUGCAAUUUAUUGCCCCGGAGCAGACCGGAAGAAUGCCCACAGAACCAGAUAGCCGCACUGAUAUCUAUGCACUGGGCCUUUUCUUUUGGUCGAUGCUGGUUGGGAAACUGCCUUUCGAUGGAACCGACCCCGUCGAGGUUGUGCAAAACGUCCUAGGCAAGAGAUUGAUACCAGUUUCUGGGAAACGAAUGGAUAUCCCAGAUGCUCUCUCUGCCGUGGUCCAAAAAAUGACACAGAAAGUAGUCCAUGACCGUUACAACACGAUCUCAUCGGUGAAGAGAGACCUGACACAUAUUAUGAAACUGCUUGGUGACGGAGACAGCGAAGCUUUGAGCAAGUUUCAAGUUGCACAAGGAGAUGUCUCUUCCUUUUUCACUCUUCCAUCGCAAAUGUUUGGACGGAACGAAGAAUACGACCGGAUUAUUGGCGUCAUCGAAAAAGUACACAAGCGUCAGGAAGUGGCCUUAGCUAGAGCUGGUGCACGGAGCCCCAGUACAAUGCAUACCCUCAAUUCGUCGUCGUCGCUUUCUGAUAGUCGCGUCGAAAGCUUUGAGCUAGCUUCUGUCUCCAGUGAUUCUGGCUCCUUUCAUCUGCCUCCAAGAUCGGCUUCUAAUGCCACCAGCUUUCAACUUUCGCCUGUUAACCCCCAAGAUGCAGCAGCAACCAGCGACACGUCAUCUCGAACACCAACGUUUGGGAAUACCACGAGCCAAACCGACGAUACACAAAAGAUUCCGAAAUCUGAUUCGAGUCGGAUGAAAAGCCCCUCACAUUCUCGAUCUUCUUACAAUACAGACCUUUCCGCCGGGCACAGCAGUCAACCACCUCCAAGUCAGCACGCUAUCAGCCAAACGGAUUCGUACAAUUCUCUGUCCAAAAGGUCUGGUGGGUAUAGCCGCCGCAGCGGGCGUUGUGAAGUGAUUACGAUCAGCGGAUCUGCCGGUAUCGGGAAAACAGAUCUUCUGAAUCGGAUACAACCCGCAGUUCGAAAACUUGGCUGCAUAGCUAUCACACGCCUGGACCGAGCGAAACGGGUUCCAUUCGAACCCUUUGCAAAGCUUCUAGCAAGUUUGCUGCGGCAAACAUUCUCUGAACGAGAUGUUACAACGAACUAUCAUAAUAGUGUUCGGAUGGCUUUGCGACCGAUGUGGCCAACUCUCCAUAGGGUCUUGGAUCUCCCCGAACAGCUCAUGUCCCCGGGUGCGAAGUACAGACCGACCGAUGCCAAGCCCACCUUCAAUAUACCAAGAGGCGAGCCAACGAAGCGCGUCAACAUUCCGGGUUUGGAUCAGGGCCAGACUUCUCUCGAUUUCUUCUUGUCUAACGCUGCUUCUAAGAACAUGAGACUCAUGGACACUUUCCUCGAAAUUCUUAGGACGCUGUGUCAGUUCAAGCUGAUCACUGUAUGUCUAGAUGAUCUCGAGCACGCGGACGACGAAACUUUGGACUUGGUAUUGAAGAUCAUCAAAGCAAAGUUACCUUGUGUGCUCAUACUUUCCAGUCGGAAAGAUGAGAUUGCCUCUGACGAAGUCCGGGCUCUAUUCGAGACAGAUAUGCCGACGAUCACACGCAUUGCUCUUGAGCCUCUUGCAGAGCAUCAUGUCAUGGAAAUUGUUGCUGCAACAAUGCACCAGCAGCCUAAUCCUACAUUGACACCUCUUUGCGCUGUCAUUCAGGAGAAAAGCCGAGGAAAUCCCUUCUACGUCCGUGUCAUGCUUGAAACCUGCUACAGCAAAAACUGCAUUUGGUAUUCCUGGAAGGACUCAAAAUGGCUGUUUGACCUGGAUCGAAUCUUUACUGAGUUUGUGGCCCCUGUGUACGGAGAAGGGCUCGGGCUUGGGUUCCUUACAAAGCGUCUCGAGGAAAUCCCUCUCGCUUCUCGUUCCAUCAUGGUCUGGGGAGCGCUUCUUGGUAGCCCGUUUUCAUUUUCCUUGGUGCAAAAGCUUUUGACAAGUGAAUUCCUCUUUUCAACAGAGGGUGAUGAAGAUGUGGAUCUCACAUCACCGCAAAAUGUCACACUCAUCAGGCAAUCACGAGGUGACAUAGUUGUUGGAUUGCAGUUCUUGGUACAGUCAAAUUUGUUGAAUGCAGGAAAGACCGAUGAUGAAUUCAAGUUUGGCAACGAACGGCUUGUGCAAGCUGCCCUCUCUUUAAAUGAGAGCCGCAAUAUAGAAAAGAUGCACUUUAUUGUCUCUCAAGCAUUGAUGAAGUAUUACCAUGACCACCGCAGCCGUUACUCUCUGGCUCAUCAUGUGGCGCUGGCGUCGCGUACUAUCAAGUCUCGCGUUUCCAGGCGACUUGAAUAUCGACAGAUCCUCUGGGAUGCUGGGCAAAUUGCUGCUCAAUCUGGCGCGCGGCAUUCUGCACUUUGGUACUUCCGUCAUUGCAUCGCUCUACUUCAGGAUGACUUGUGGAAUGAUCGCAAACCUGACGUUUAUUACGACGAAACUAUGCGGCUCUUCAUUGCGACUGCCGAAAUGUCGUGGUCUCAAGGCCAGAAUGAUGAGGCACUCCAGUUGAUCCAGGAGGUUUUCACUCAUGGCAAGGAUGCUGUAAGCAAGUCGAGAGCCUGGAUCAUCCAAGCCAAGAUCUUUGCGCAGUUAGGCGAUCACCACCGCUCUAUGGAAUCCCUUCUCACCUGUCUUGAUGAACUUGGGGUUCAUCUUCGCCAACCUUCGACCUUUGCGGAGUGCGAUGCGGCCUAUCUCAAACUUAAGUCGCAUCUUGACACUGCCGAUCUGGGUCGCAUUGUUCAACAACCGCUGAGCAAAGAUCCUACCGUUCAAACCAUCGGGGCAGUCAUGGCUGAGGCGAUGACGGUCACUUACUGGGACGAUGCGUUGACCUUCUAUCGCAUGGCACUUGAAGUGAUGAAUAUCCACAUGUUCAAGGGUGGUUUCACCCAAAUCGCAAUUGGAUGUUCCCACCUUGCGAUGAUCGCAAUGAGUCGCUUCAAGGAUCUCGAAUUUGGCACAAAGCUGAGCGAUUGGUCUCUAGAACUCCUUGAGCGCUGCCCUGAAUUGUGGACCCAAAGUCGAGGCUCAAUAGUUCAUAAUCUCUACGUCAGUCAUCUGCGUGUUCCCAUGGCAUCCACUCUACCAGCCCUCGAAGCAUCACUCGAAGCCUCAUUCACAAUGGGCGAUCCUUAUCUGACAUUAAUCAGCAUUUCAUCAAUGGCUAUGGCUCGUCUAUACCUGGGCCAAGACAUGGCUCAGCUAGAAGCCUUCUGCACGGAGACUCCGGAGGACAUUCCCAUGUGGCAACAAGACACACGUGGCGGAGCUAGUCUUCUUGCAGUCCAGCAAGUUGCACGCGCCCUUCAAGGCAAGACCGAGUUCCGGUUUGCCGAAGGCAUCAUGUCCGAUGCCAACCACAGUACAAAUGAAUAUAUGACCCAUUUGGAUGUUAGCUCGAGCAACGCUGACAGACCUCGUGACAUAUAUUGGGGCCUUGCCAUGAUCCCAUUGUUCAUCUUUGGUCAUCAUACCAGAGCAGUUGAAGUGGGCACGCAAUUAUUGAUAACAAGACACAGGCUCUGGUCUACUCGUGUAGCCUACGUGAUCCAUUUCUAUCUAGCCGCGUCACUUCUCACGCUUCACAAUGACUAUCCUGCCCAGGGGUAUCUCGAUGGAAAGAUGGAUACACUUCUGGAUUACAAAGCCGAGAUUGACUUUGCCCGAAGCGCCUCAGAAGCAAAUUAUGGCAUGUGGUCCAUGAUCCUAGAGGCCUUACUUUCUGAGGUUCGCAAUGAUCACAGUGCUACCAUCCAGAACUACGAGGCUGCGAUUGACCACUGCCAAAUCCAUGGGUGGCCUUUUGAAGAAGCCUUGGCACUCGAGUUACAGGGUGAAUUCUUGGUUAGGCGUGGCGCAAAGCGGGCUGCUCGCGCUGUAAUCCAAGAAGCCAUCGCUGCGUGGAGUUCUAUCAGCGCUGGUGGCAAGGCAACGCAACUCGCUGAAAAGCACGAAUGGUUGCUCAAGACAGCUACGUCAGCAAAGACCGUCGAUGUUGGCUGUCAAACUGUUGACUCGCUCCUCGAGAUCAGCCGUGAAGUUGUACAUGAAGAGAUACUUCUCCCCCAGCAAUUGGAAGAGGAAGAGAGGAGACAGCAUUGGAUUGAACAAAGUAGCGCCGAAAAUCAAUCCCUCGAUAUAUCAAGCGUCGGACUGGAUAUCAUUGAUCUAUCCAGCAUUCUCGAGUCCAGCCAAGUCAUGUCGUCUGAGCUUCAAAUCGACAAGCUCUUUACGAAAAUGCUUGAGAUUAUUCUCGAAUCAUGCAACGGCUCUGAUUUCGCAAUCAUUGCCACCGAAUUCGAUGAGCACGGUUUCGCUAUUGCUGCUGCCGGUGACGCUGAAAAGGGUCAAAAGUCAUACCCAGAGGGUCUUCCUUUCCCGGAAAUGGAUGAUCGAAUGGCUUUGCAGAUCUCACAGUAUGUCAUGCGUACGAAGGAAGAAGUCCUUGUUCAUAACGUGCUCGAAGACGAGCGGUUUUCCAAUGUGAGCGACUCUUACUUGGCAAAUUUCCCCGCGGGUCGCUCCGUCAUUGCAUUGCCAGUCGUUCAGGGAGACCAUCUACUCGGUGUCAUUCACUUGGAGGGAAAACCAAACUGGUUUACUCAGCGGAACGUCGUCGUCUUGCACUUGCUUUGCAAUCAAAUGGGUAUUUCCUUGUCGAACGCGUUGCUCUUCCGUGAGGUUCGCAAGGUCAGUGCCAAGAAUGCUUCCAUGAUUGAGUCUCAAAAGCGUGCACUCGCACUCGCACGAGAGGCAGAGCAAAAAGCGAAGAUUGCCGAGGCUGAAGCCAAGCACAACGUCAAACUCAAGGAAGACGCUGCCAGAGCCAAAUCAAUCUUCCUCGCCAAUAUCUCGCAUGAUCUGCGCACACCCAUGAACGGUGUUAUUGGUCUAUCGGAACUUCUGAAAGGUACCUGUUUGGACAAAGAGCAAGACGAAUACGUCGAAUCGAUUCGCGUGUGCGCUGAUACUUUGCUCACUCUCAUCAACGACAUCCUAGACUUCUCCAAGCUGGAAGCUGGAAAGAUGAAGAUCUCUACGGUCCCGCUCAAUUUGAAGGAAACCAUCUCAGAGGUCAUUCGGGCUCUGCGAUACACACAUCGUGAUCGAGGCCUAGAAACAAUCGAAAACCUCGACAAAGUUCCGCCAGACCUUGUGGUUCUAGGCGACCCUGUUCGCUUACACCAGAUUUUCAUGAAUCUCCUUAGCAACAGUUACAAAUUCACCCCCAAUGGGUCGGUUACUGUCAAAGCGAGGGUUGCCCGUGAAGGCAAAGGUCGUGUUCGUCUUGAAUGCUCAGUCGCCGAUACCGGUAUUGGUAUUCCAGAUGAACAAAAGGUGCGGCUUUUCCGACCAUUCUCUCAGGCUGAUGCGUCCACGGAGAGAUCGUAUGGUGGCAGUGGAUUGGGAUUGUCUAUUUGCAAGGCCAUCAUCGAAGACGUUCUCGGUGGAGCUAUCUGGCUUGAAUCCACCUCCGGCGUGGGAACUACAGUGACCUUCCACCUGGUUUUCAACAAAGCACCCAAGAAAACAGCUGUAAAGACCGCAUGGUCCCAGGAUCUAAGUCAAACAGAAAGCAAGGAAUCACCCAAGUCAUCAGCCCGCGACCUUACCCAGAUCCCCCGUGACCAGAUUCGUGUGUGCAUCGCCGAAGACAACCCGAUCAACCAAAAGAUCGCAGUCAAAUUCGUCACCAGUCUUGGCCUCCAGUGCGAGGCAUACAGCGACGGCAAACAAGCCGUCGACGCUUUACGCGCGAAAUCCAAAGAAGGCAAUCCAUUCCACGUAGUCUUGAUGGAUGUGAUGAUGCCCACUCUUGACGGAUACAACGCCACCCGCGAGUUGCGCCGUGACCCCGAUCCGAACGUGAACGAGGUACUAGUCAUCGCCAUGACCGCGAGUGCCAUCGAAGGCGAUCGCGAGAAGUGUCUCGAGGCUGGCAUGAACAACUACCUUCCGAAACCAGUGCGCUCGCCCAUCUUGAGUGAACUCCUGGACAGAUACCUCGCCCCCGUGCCAUCUUACCCCAAAUCCCGCCUCGCCAUUCGAGAAAAGCGAUCUCGAGCCAGCAUGGAUGCUGGUGCCAGCACCCCUACCAGCUACUCCUCUUCGGCAUCUGACGAGCCGAGAUCUUUCCCGAUGAAGUCGCUGCCGAGGAAAUGA